ACAUGACGAUAUCAGGGCGUGUGUAAGUCGGUCUAAGAGCAACAUUUGGACCGCAGUAACAAUCGUCGUCUUUAAUAUUAUUGCUGGACCCAAAUCAGUGAGACAAAAUAAUUUUAUUACAAGUGAAAUGCAAAAAUGUGAUCUUCGCCUGUUGCUCCGCUGGGUAGGAGAGGAACUGUUGCCGCUGCGCAGAUGACAGACUUCAUGAAGGUGAUCCCGGUGAUACUCGUCCAGCCCACAUGUUACGGAGAGAAAAGAGCGGGUGGAUCUCUGUUAUGUACCUGCCUCUGCCCUGCUAGAAAGACGUCCAGUUCCAGUCAACCUGUAACCUGUGCAGAGAGAGCCACAAAACUCAGCUUAUUGAGUACAUCUAUGUAUGCUGCUUCUGUGCCUGGUACAGACAUUGUACAGACUUGCUUGGAGAAGCUAAAACACACCAUUGAGAAAUCUGACGCUAUGCUGUAUGCUCCAUCAAGGAAUGACUAUCACGGGAACUGUAAAAAUAUGACUCUCAAAUGUUACAUGUUGGAGUUGAUAAUGGUCCUCAAUGAAGAAGAAAUUGUGGAUAAUAAAGUAGACUGCAUCCUUGAUUUCAAUGCAAAACUGCUUGAAGAUCAAUCAGAUCAGCACAAUACUGGCUGUCUACCAUGCGAAGCACACUCACUUAAAAAUAUUACAAUAUUCCUGGAAAGACUAAAAACCCUUUUGGAAGAAAUAACUACGGAGGGAAACUCUUAACACGCAAUAUGAUGUAAAUACUGUAAGCUACAAAUGUGUAUUUGUAUAUAUUUGUAAAGAAUUGUGGCUCUGUUUUGAUUGUGUAAAUAUCACAUAACAUUUUGAAUGUAUAGGAUGACAGUACUGUGUUUACCUAUGCAGAUUAAGCCUCUCAGUCACUGUGCCUCACAAUCAUCCUUUAAGUUGUACAGGUUUGAAAGAUGUAUCAGGAAGUAGCAUACAGUAGCAGCAUGUACUGUGCAGUAUAUACAGAAUGUGGGAAGAAUGUAAAUAUGGGCCUUUUUGCUUUUAUUUUGAUAGUGGAGCCGGAGAUAGACAUCAAAGUAUUUUGAUAAUGUAGCUGGAGAUAGACAGGAAGGGGGGAGAGAGAGGGGGUGACGUGCAGAAAAGGGCCACAGGCUGGAUUCAUUCAAACCCAGAUGCAGUAAGGACUCAGCCUUGGAUCACUGCUAAACACUAAUGAAUGUAAUACCUAUUACACAGUAAAUGGCUAAUGAACUCCAGUAUCUUGAGAACAGUUACUCACUCCAGUAAAUAAUAUCCAAACUGUAUAUAAUCUUUCAUUUUAUUUCUUUUAUCUGUCUUUUAUUGUGCCAUACCAUUAAGUGUUUGUUAAAGGUGCUCAUUAGAGUUUGUUGGUAAACAGUUAAUGUUUACUGUUAGUAUUAGAGGACAUUCAGCCUGAAUACUGCCUUGUGUUAAAAUAGCACAAGCAGCUGUGUUGGUAGGGGUGUGUUACUUCAUUUACCAGUGAGACAUAAAAUAUGAUACUGAAAGGACAGUUUUUAGUUAACAGUUAUCAGUUAUCAGACACCAACACAGAAAGUUUUCACGGUGGCAAUGGUGGUGUCUUUAGUUGCGACAAUCAUGUGGUAAACCAUAGAAAUAUAGCGUUCAUGUUACAGUAUAAUCUGCCAGGAAUGCAUGCUUGGAUGUAUUUAUUGGCCAACGCAGUUACUUGUCAGAUGAUGUAGAAUUGCAGACCGGCAAGGCUGGUUUCUUUGGUGAAGCCCCCUGCGUCCGCUUUCAAAAGAAUAAGGAAGCUGUGUUUUUUUAACAAGGGCUAACAAACAUGCUGAGAGCAGAUCCUUCCUCAUAAAAUACUUGCAAAGCACUUUUUAAAAAAAAAAAUUAAAAUUGUGCAUUUGUGACAUCCAUAUGUGUUUGCUUCACUGCCUUUGAUGGCACAUUGGUACAGUAUGUUUGUAGCUUGAGACCGACAUCAGGAUGUGAAUCGCCACGGCCUCACGUUUGCAUAAUGUAAACAAAACGUUAAACCACACAUGCUUGCUCCAUAGCACUACUCAGGGUCAAAAGCUCCACAGGGUAUCUUUAAAUAAAGCAAAAUGAUGAUAUUCUACUCACUUGUGGAAAGUGUUCACCGGUCUCAUCAUGUGAUGCUCUGUUUGGAAUUUGACACUAGAAAAAUGAAAUAAAAGUUUGCCAAAACUA